UUCCCCUAGCUAGGCAGCAACCUGAGAGAAAAUCAGAAAAUCAAUGGCUUCUUCUUCUUCUUCUCCUCCUCCUCCUCCUCCAUCAUCUCAUCAUGCCGAUUCCUCCUCCUCCUUCUCAGGAAAAUGGGAAUACGACGUCUUCUUGUGUUUCAGAGGUGACACCCGUCAUAGUUUUACCAGCCACCUCAGUGCUGCUUUCAGAGACAGGCAAGUCAACUUCUUCAUCGACAACAUGCUCAACAAAACUGAGAGCAUCGACGAGUUAACCUCCGUCCUCAAAAGAUGUGCACUCUCCGUCGUGAUUUUCUCGGAGAAGUUCCCAGAUUCAAGCUGGUGUUUGGACGAAGUGGCCACCAUUUCUCAAAGCAUGACAAAGUUCAGACACCGAGUGCUCCCCGUUUUCUACAGAGUGGAUUCUUCUGAUGUAUCCGGGGAUUCUGGAAGCUACGCUAAGACCAUCGAGCGGAAAUAUGGAGCUAGAGCUAGCAAAUUUUGGAAAAAGACGCAUAGAGCUAGCAAAUCUCCGGAGGAUAGGAAGAGAUGGAUGGACGCUUUGAAAGUUGUAGCUAAUAUUGCAGGCUAUACUUCAGAGGCAAUCAAGAUCGAGUCGGAAUUAGUUGAGGCAAUAGUCAACUGUGUUCAGAAUACACUGUUAGAAAUGUCACCGAGGGUGAAGCCCGAUAACUUGAUUGGCAUAGAUUUUCGCGUUGAUGAGGUUGUAGAACUAUUAGCUAUGGACACAAAUGAUUUUCGCAUUAUUGAACUUUGGGGGAUGGGUGGUGUAGGAAAGACCACUCUAGCCAAAGCUUGCUAUCAAAGGGUAAUUUCUACAGUGGAAGGAAUCAAGUAUCACUUUGUUGGUGACAUCAACCAAAGGGAUGCGAUGGAAACGAGAAUGGAAGAAAUGAUAACAAAACUCUAUUCAACACUGUUGUCUGAGAGUAACCUAACUUAUGAUAACUUGUUGUUUGAUGAAAGAAAGAGGCGUCUUUCUCAUCUGAGGGUUUUCCUUGUUUUUGAUGAUGUGGAAAACUUGUCACAAAUAGAGCGAUUGUUGCUCGGAAAUCAUUUGAGUUCCACCCAUCUCUUUGCUCCGGGAAGCAGAAUUAUCUUGACAACCAGAAACAAGAUGGUGGUUGGAAAUGUAGGGGCUAAGAUUUACCAUGUGGAUUGUUUGAGUCAUAUUGAAUCUCUUCAACUCUUUCAACUGCAUGCAUUUGGAGAAAGCCGUCCAUCUGAUGAUUUGAUGGGACUAUCAAGUCGAGCUGUAUCUUAUUGCCAGGGAUGCCCUCUAGCCAUCAAAGUUGUUGGUGGUGCAUUAAUAGGUAAGAGCAGAGAUUAUUGGGUGAGUUUCUUGAGUGAUAUGAGGCAGAUUCCAACUCCAGAAAUUCGUCAUGUUCUCAUGAGAAGCUACAACGCACUGGGAGGUAAGGAAAUACAGAGUUUGUUCUUGGACAUUGCUUGUUUCUUCUACGGAACAAACAAAUCUUUAGUGACAAAAUAUUCCCCUGCCUAUCAUUUACUCGAGGUUCUAAUUGAUAAAUCCUUGUGCACUUGCGUGGUGGAACGAACCCGUGAGAGGAUUCAAGUGCAUGCCUUGCUAAGAGAAUUGGCUUGGAGCAUUGUUAAUGAUGAAUCAAUAAAACUGGAAAAUCCUACUCGGUUGAAUAAUCUUGGGGAUAUUCAGAAAUUGCUUACAAAAAAAAGUCUGCCCAGCUUACAGGGAGGUAGUACAGCUCAAGGCAUAUAUUUGGAUCUUUCUAAAGCAAGUGAAAUAGAUGUGGAAGCCAAUGUCUUCGAAGGGAUGACUUCUCUUCGAUUUCUCGCCAUUAUUUAUUCAGGGAAUAAGGAAGGAGCUCCUAAAAUUCAUGUGCCAUACGAUGCUUUUACAACCCUUCCUGACAGUCUAAGAUGGUUGCAGUGGCAGAAAUUCCCUUCAAAAUCUCUACCUUCAAGUUUUACUCCGAAAAAUCUUGUCGCACUUUCUCUAGAGUAUAGCCCAAUACUCAAAAGAUGCUGGGAUGUUGAGCAGCCGGAGCUUGCGAAUCUAGUGUUUCUUAACCUCUCCCACUGCAUAAAUUUAGUAGCAAUUCCGGACCUGUCAGGGUCUCCGAAGCUGGAAUUCCUCGGCCUCCUAGGGUGCAAAAGCCUGGUUGAGCUACCAUCUCAUGUUGGAGAUUUAAACAAGCUGGAAGUACUGGACCUCCGUCGUUGUGCAAAUUUAACGAUCCUUCCGCCCAGACUCAACUCAAAGUUCCUCAAGCAUUUUUUCCUGUCCCAGUGUCCCAAGGUCACUCGUUGUCCGGAGAUCGAUUCACGAGAGUUGAUGAUUUUGGAUUUGGAGCAAACACCUGUUAGAGCCUUGCCACUUGCGAUUUACAACAUCAAGGAGGGUGGCUGUCUAUCGCUCUCCGGCAGACACAUCACUUGCUUCCCCGCGAUCUCAACAAGCUUGGAUCUGUUGGGGCUCACAUUUACCUUAAUAACAGAGAUGAAUUGUUAUGAUGAUCAUCAGCUGGGUUCUUUGCCAAGAUUUUCUGCAUUGGAGUUGGUUGCCAACCUCCAACUCAAGAGCUUGCCAAAACAUUUAUGGAGCAUGGUUUCUCGGUCUCUCCUCAUCCAUUACUGCCCGUCGAUUGAAACUUUGCCAGAAAUCUUUCAUCCCGUGACUGGCUUUGCUAACAUAUAUAUAAAAGGAUGUCUAAAUCUGAAGAGCUUUCCGACUAGCAUCAACAAUCUAAAAUCUUUGCAGCUCCUCGGUUUGGAUAACACGGAUAUUGAGUCCCUGCCUCCAGCUAUUGUGGAACUUGACCAGCUCACGGAUUUAGAGUUGCCCAACAACAAAAGGCUAAAGUUCCUCCCGUGUGACAUCCAUAAGCUUGCCAAGUUAUCCUACUUGAACUUGUCAAGCUGUACAAAGAUUAAAUUUUUGCCAGAACUCCCACCCAGUCUUCUAACUCUGUGUGUAAGUGGCUGCACAUUGUUGCAAGCCUUACCAAGCAACGCAGACAAGCUGAGAUUCAAGGAUCUCUACUUUGAAGAUUGCCCACAAUUGGAUCCGGAUCUUCCUCAACAAGUAAUGCUUAAUUUCUAUGAUCUUGCAGCGUCGGAUCUACAUCCUAAGGGUGUUCUUCAACAUUCGGGGAGUGAACUUCCAACGUGGUUUGAUUACAAAAGCUCGAAUCAUGCAAGUGAUUCUUGUAUGAUGGUGCAAUUCACUCUUCCAAACUGCACUACGGAGCGGCGAAUCAAGGGGAUUGCAUUUGGCCUUGUGUGUUCUUUAGAUAUUGGAGAAGUCGAUAUAUCUGUCACUUGCGAUUGCAACAUCGGCAACAUUGCCGCUGCUGCAUCUUGGUGUUCUCCCAGUUUUGGUUUUGGUCAGGACUCCCAAUCAGACAACGUAUAUAUAUGGUAUGACAAGAACCUGUUAGGUGAGACCAAGAAAGGAGUGAUACUUAUACGAGAGGAAGCAGACCCUUGGUAUGAGCGAUAUGCUGGCCUCCAGGGUUCCUUCAGAUUUUCCCUUCAACCAAGUAUUGGACAAGAUCCAGAGAAAUUAAGGAGAAUCAAAAUCAAAAGUAUUGGCGUCUCUCUACUGUUAUCAGAGCAGAAGAAUGGAGCUCAAGGUAUGCUGGCAGUAUCGAAGAACAAGGGAAAGGAAGUGCAGGAAUGAAGAACAGAGAAUGCCUUUACUGUUAGCUAGCCGUUAGAAGUUACAGAAUCGUUAAGUGCCACGUGUAUAGGCACAGUUAAUUUCUUUUUCAAAUUACAGUUUUACUCAUUUCCGUUUUUACUGUUCUGAACACUUGGUGGUAUAAACAGAAAACAGAGAGCAAGAUGCUUCUCUGAGUUUUCCCCUCCAAUCAUUCCAGCUGCUUAACCUAGCAGCUUCCGUUUUUACUGUUCUGAACACUUGGUGGU